AUGAUUAAUCCGAAGGGUCAUAAACGACCGAUCGAUUCUCCACCGGACUCUGGGGGUUUAUUUACAAUUAAAAGAAAAAAAUUAGAAAAUAAUCGUAUUUUAUGUGAAUUUACACUAUCAAAUUUUACUACAACAAAUCCACAGGCAAUAAGCGCAAUCCCACCACUAACACAAGAAACGCCAUAUCAUCCACUUAUUGCUACAGGAAGUCUAGAUGGCACAACUCCUGGAGAUCGGAAUGAACAAGGUCAGGUGUUCGAAAUGGAAAAGCAUAAAAAUGCAGAAGCUCAAUCAAGACUUGUUCAAUUAAAUCAUUUCGAACAAAUUAUUUAUAAUUUAAAUGUGAUUGAUGGUGAUAUGAGUCGAUUCGAUACAAUAGAAACGAAUUGUUGUAUAAUGGUAUUUACGUGGAUUGUAAUUGUAUCAACUAUUAUAUUAAUUGUACGUUAUUUAAAAAAUGCGUUUAUAUAUAGUAAAUUACCCAAUGAAGCCGUCUAA